AUGUCUUUCCGAUUCAUGGUUUCAAAAACCAGAGCGGAGCAACUUGACAGGACGCAGGAAACUUUUUUUUUUCUCUCUGCUUGGAGCGAGCGCGCGUAAAGAAAGAAAGAAAAGUCCUCCAGAAGUCAGCUGCGGGGCGCACGGAGCGCUGCACACGCACGAGGAGCCAGAAGACGCGCAUCACUGGAGGAAUACAAGGGAGAGACGGAGACAGAGAUCCAAGCUCUUGAGAUCUCUCCAAGAUCUUGAGCGGAUCUGCAUCCAAAACUGCAGGACAAUGUCCAGUAAAGCGACUCUAGCACUACUCAUCUAUGGGAUCUUCAUGCAUUACAGCAUCAACUGCUCACCUGUGGGGCUCAGCUUUCCCAGCCUUAGACUGGACAGUGAGGUUUACGAUGAGGGUGGCAACUCCUUACCAUCUCUGGAUUACGAUGGAGAUCAAGUGGAGGUGAGAAGCCCUUCAUCCGUCGCGGACGACGUCUUCACUUUGUUCUACCCUCCAGAGAAAAGAAUGGAAAGGCAUGCAGACGGCAUGUUUAAUAAAGCCUACAGGAAAGCGCUGGGUCAGUUAUCAGCAAGGAAAUAUCUUCAUUCUCUGAUGGCAAAGCGUGUAGGGGGGGGCAAAACGCUGGACGACAGCUCGGAGCCCCUGUCCAAGCGGCACUCGGACGGCAUCUUCACGGACAGCUACAGCCGCUACAGAAAGCAAAUGGCCGUCAAGAAAUACCUGGCAGCCGUCCUGGGGAAAAGCCUUGAGGACGUAGCUUUGCACCAAAUCCUACAAGAGCUAGACUUUGACGCCCUCCCGGACGGCGAUGAGUUUGAGGCUUUUUUGGGAGGCUGGCUGAAACAGCUCCCUCCCCAAUUCGCGGUGAGUUUUCCGGCUCUUUCCACGAGGCCUCGUCCUCCUCCGCUGGGACUUCUUAUGUCCUGCCCCCCUUUUUUUAAAAAAUUCUUUUGACUUCUUUCCCACCUCACCUGUGCUCCCGUCUCACAGAUUUUCAGUGCACCUGUAUGAAGGAUACAGGUUGAAAGUGGAAAGGACCGAUCAAAUCCUAAACCUAUUGUGAAUUAUUUUGAGAAAAAAAAAGUGCCGUAUUUUCCGGAGUAUAAGUCGCAAGAUGAAAAAAAUAUCUAAUCAAGAAGAAGAAAACCAUAUAUAAGCCUCUCUGGAGUAUAAGUCACACUUCUGGGAGAAAAAUCGGACGUUUUAGAACAAAUCCGCCAAGCCCGCAUUGCUACAGAAUAAAGAAAUACAAGAAUACUAAUGUCUUGAUCUAAAAAAUAUAUCAAAAUAUAUGUAAAGAAGCAGGUUUUGUUGAAACUCUGAGUUUUUGAACUCCAAGUUAAGAAAAACUCUGAGUUUGUGAACUCUGAGUCAUUCAACUCUGAGUGCAGGUUUGAACCCUGAAUUUGUUAAACCUGCUUCUUGAAACGGGCCCCAGAUUCUCUUCCAUGUUUGUUUUGGACGACACUUCUUCUGCCACUGUCAGUAGCAAAUACUUACAGAUGCAGCGCCCUCUAGCGGCUGUUAGCAACCACUAAACGACAACCGGUAUUUACUGGGAAAAAAAACAAAUCUAUAACCCUUUUGAUGUAAAAAAAAAACAAAAAAAAAAACACACAAAUAAGUCACUCUGGAGUAUAGGUCGCACUUUUAGGAGAAAAGUAUAACAUUUCAGAAUGAAUCUGCCAAGCCAGCGUAGCUAAAAAAAAUAAAUAAAUAAAAUAAAAAAUAAAUAAAUAAAAAAAAAUGCAAGAAUAUGAAUUUUUUGAUUAAAGAAAAAUAUCAAAGAAAACAAUCAGAUUCUCUUCCAUGUUUGUUUUGGACAACACUUCUUCUGCCGCUGUCAGUAGCAAAUAUUUCAGCUGCAGCGCCCCUAGCGGUUGAUAGCGGAAACAACCACUAAAAGAAAACCCGUGUUUACAGGAAAAUAACAAAUAAAUAACCCUUUUGAUGUAAAAAAAAAAAGAAAAAAUACACAAAUAAGUCACUCCUGGAGUAUAAGUCGCACUUUUAGGAGAAAAGUCGAACAUUUCAGAACAAAUCCGCCAAAAACAGCGUAGCUAAAAAAUCUUUUGAUCUAAGAAAAAUAUAAAAAUAUCAAAGAAAACAAUCAGAUUAUCUUCAUGAUAGUUUUAGACAACACUUCUUCUUCUAGCGGUUGUUAGCGGAAACAACCGCUAAAAGACAACCCGUGUUUACUGGGAAAAACUGCAACUUAAACUCCGAAAAAUACGGUAAUUAGAGUAUAAAAAGAUUGUAGUACUUUAUAAAUCCCACAUUCCUAGACUAGAGUACUUCUGAGGUUCUUUGAUUUUCUUCAACUGUGAGCUUUCACAUCGACUCGUGUAAAGUGCCAAUCCUGUGUUUCUAUCAAAUGUAUCCUGUUCUUUUAUUCUGCUCAAGGUUGUCUCUGCCCAUAUAAUAAGUAUCAGCCCGGCAAUGAAAAAAAACAAAGAAAAUCAUUUUUGAAUGAUACUUGUUACAUGGAAUCCCACUUGUUAAAGACAUCCGGGGAACUCUUGUGUUUUGACCUUCUAUUGUGCUUCCUUUUUCUGUCAUGUGAACCAAUGUACAAACUACAGUAGACUGCAUGAUUAAAGCUCUGGCAACAGCCACCACGUUUGUGCAGACAACCAUGCUUGCUUUCUGACUACUGUAAACUUCCUGUUGUGUUCUGUUCGCCUACAUUCCCAGACAAGCUGUAUGUUCUCCAUAGAAUGUACUUUACUGCUGAAAAAACUUCUAGUUUUGUAAUUUUCUGUGAGAAAGAAAAAAAAAUGUUAUUUUUUGGCUUUAAUAUUAGAAAGGUACAGAAAGAGAGCUUAAAGUUCAUGAAAAAAAUGGACCCACAUCGGAUCUGUUUUCACUGUAUCUUCAAUUUUUGCAUCCCCCCCUCCUCUAGGCUUUGUGACGCAGGAAGCAGAGAGCUGUGGUGCCUUGCAUCGACUUUAAAAAAUCGCCAUGAAUCACAGAUGGCUAUUUAGUGGCCCUACAAUGCUGCACAUCAUCCGCUCGCAUUCCCCCCUCUUUUAUUUUGAUGUUACUGCUUCUGUGUGGCACCGAUGUUUGACAGCGUAGAUGCUCUUAGUGAUUGUUUGCACUUCUUUCUUUUCCCAUUUGUUGUAGAAGUUUUGUCAAAAACAAAGAGGAGCGGCCGCUUCUCCGUGAACCAUCAUAUGUAUGAUAGCGAAGCGCCAGUAGCCUUAAAAAUCUAUAUAUAUCUAUCUAUAGAUAUAUAUCUAUAUAUAUACAUAGUGUUACUAUUAGAUCUUCAAAUGCAAUCUGCAAGAAUUAAGCCAAUAAAUGUCUAAAAAAAACGUGAUGUAAGAUUUGUAUGAAUAAAUUUUUGUAAACAACAAA